AUGGUCAGCAGAUGGCCGCGCAUCGGGUCCUCCCUUCAUGUCCUGCGCGACUCGCGGCUCUUAGCGCCCGCAGUGGUGCGGGCCAAGGACGAAUUCCGGAGGAGCGCUGCAGAGUCUCGGGGAUCGGGUGUGGGAAAGGCUGCGGCUGCCAGCCCGCCCUCCGGAGCAGCCGCAUCGAGAACCGAGCGCUCAGGCUCCUCCCUGCUCUUCGCCGCCCGCACCCCCUCGACCUCAGGUCGGGAGGCCUGUCCUCCACGCCUUUCUCCUCUUGAGCCCACCUCUUUGCUCCUUGCCACUGUGGUCGCUCUAAUAAGGGCUUUUCUUUUUCCGCGCCUUUCUGAAAUCGCCUCCUGA